CCCACCGCCCGUCGUUGGUUUAGCUUGAGCCGCUUUGCCGGUGCAGGUAAUCGGUUUCCCCUCCAGUUCGGUGCCAAAGCUCCGGGGCUGCCCAUGAACGGCACCAUGGCCGCAUCCUCACACCGGAUAAUGUUGGGGCCGCUGGUUGCUGCCAUCGACCAGGGCACGAGCUCCACUCGGUUUUUGGUGUUUAAUUCAAAAACUGCAGAGCUCCUCAGCCAUCAUCAGGUGGAAAUCAAACAGAGCUUCCCCAAAGAAGGAUGGGUGGAGGAAGACCCCAAAGAAAUCCUGCAGUCGGUGUAUGAGUGCAUGGAGCGGACGUGUGAAAAACUCACCCAGCUCAACAUAGACAUCUCGAACAUUAAAGCUAUUGGAGUGACCAACCAAAGAGAGACCACACUUGUUUGGGACAAAGAGACGGGGGAGCCCCUCUACAAUGCAGUCGUUUGGCUGGACCUGCGGACUCAGUCAACAGUUGAACGUCUAAUUAACAAGACCCCAGGAAGGAAUAAGAACCACUUAAAGCAUAAAACGGGGCUCCCAAUCAGCACUUACUUUAGCGCAGUGAAACUACACUGGCUGAUGGACAACGUGGACGAGGUCCAUGAAGCCGUUGUGUCUCACCGCGCCAUGUUCGGCACUGUGGACUCCUGGCUCAUUUGGUGUUUGACAGGAGGCAAGACAGGCGGAGUCCACUGCACAGAUGUGACCAACGCCAGCAGAACCAUGCUGUUUAACAUUCACACUAUGGACUGGGACCCAGAGCUUUGCAAGUAUUUUGGUAUUCCCAUGGAGAUUUUGCCCCGAGUGAGGAGUUCCUCAGAAAUCUACGGUCUCAUGAAAAUAUGUUCUAGCCGGAAAUCUGGAGCUCUCUCAGGUAUCCCCAUUUCAGGGUGUCUUGGAGAUCAGUCGGCAGCGCUGGUUGGACAGAUGUGUUUUCAGGACGGGCAGGCGAAAAAUACGUAUGGAACUGGCUGCUUUCUCCUGCGAAACACAGGACCUAAGCCUGUCAUGUCCGACCACGGUCUUCUGACCACUGUGGCAUACAAACUUGGUCGGGACAAACCUGCCUGCUAUGCACUAGAGGGCUCUGUGGCCAUUGCAGGAGCUGUGGUUCGUUGGCUGCAGGACAAUCUCGGGAUCAUCGGGUCGUCUGAGGAGCUCGAGAAGUUGGCUGCAUCAGUCGGUACAUCCUACGGUUGUUAUUUUGUUCCUGCAUUUUCCGGUCUUUAUGCACCUUACUGGGAGCCCAGUGCAAGAGGGAUCAUUUGUGGGUUAACGCAGUUUACUAAUAAGAGUCAUGUGGCGUUUGCUGCAUUGGAAGCUGUGUGUUUCCAGACACGGGAGAUACUUGAUGCCAUGAAUCAGGACAGCGGCAUUCCACUAACUCAGCUCCAGGUGGACGGAGGAAUGACGUCAAACAGGCUGCUGAUGCAGCUGCAGGCAGACAUUCUUUGUAUUCCUGUUGUGAAGCCGUCCAUGCCUGAGACCACAGCUCUCGGUGCUGCGAUGGCAGCAGGAGCAGCCGAGGGUGUGAGUGUGUGGAGUCUGAGCCCAGAGGACCUGAGUGAAGUCACCUCUGAGAAGUUCGAGCCUCAGAUCAACCCUGAAGAGAGCGAGUUUCGGUACGCUCGGUGGAAGAAGGCGGUUCAGAAAUCCAUGAACUGGGAGAUGACAGAGCCUGCUGGUAAUGGAAACGGUGAAACUAGUAUCUUCAGCAGCGUCCCUCUGGGCUUCUACAUCAUGGGCAGCAUGUUGAUGUUAGUUGGUGCCAGAUACCUCGCAGGUCGUGACUAGGCUCGGACUCGUGUAGGCUUUGAGAGCAAAGUGGGACAAACACUCUUCUUGCUGGACCACCACUGGUACUCUGGGUUGCACCCUUUUUCCAAAAAGGCAUUCCAGGAGAGAGCCGCUCCUGCUGAAUCUUACCGGAAAACCAGGACAAGUUUAAACUGGGAGGUUUUUCUUUAAUAUUGUUUUUAUUUGUUAAAGUUAAUGCAUUUUUCUCUGCAGCAGACAUCGGUACGUUAAACAUUAAUUUUAGCAGGGGUGUGCAUGCAGUAUUUCUUUUUCUACGAUGUUGAUAUGAGGAACAUCUGAGCUUAUUUAUGUAGUCGACAUUGUUGUCCCCACCGCUGUGUGAAGUUCGCCAUUUAAUUUAUCGCCACCUGUUGUUUAUGUGAUGUUGUUCUAUCCCUCCACUAUGUGCAACAGAGGAAGUUUAAGAGCACUUUAUAUUUUUGUUUUGUCUCGUGGGAGUUGUGUACUAAUACAGUCUAAUGUAUGUUUUUUCUAACACUUGGGAUUAAGGCACAGAAGGUUUAAGAACGUAAAAUGAAAACAAGGGAGGUCUGAUAAUCUGAUGUUCUUGUUUUUUUUUUUGGAGGAAGUGGUGAGCUUGUUCACACUGUUUAAUGUUUUUAAACAGUAAAAAUAUGUAUUGUGUAAAGGAGAAAAGUGAUGAAGGGCAAUCAUGACUUGGCAGACAAUUUUUGGUUCACACAGGAAAUGUGAAGACUUAAGAAUAUACAUGUAUAGCCCUGUUUCCACCAAACACUUUAGGUAUGGUACCUUUGGAACCAAAAGUAACCCUUCAGACAUGGCACCUAGACCCUAGCUCCGUUUAGUGUUUCCAACUCAUGCACUGAGUAACAUUACAAGUUAACGUUCCACCUUAAAAGUCGCCGGCAGUCUGCCCAGUGAAUUGAGUUGUUUUUUUCUCAUUUUACUAAUAAAACUCUCCACAAUAUGAACAGUG